AUGGAUACUAAAAUAUCAGAACUAGUGGAACACAUAGCACAGACUGAACACGAGAUCAAUUGGAAGUCAACAGAAAGAAUUGCACCAUUCGGGGACAAUACAAAGAAUCGGAAGAUUAUGGAGGCCAUUGACAUCCUUGGGGAGACAAAUCUAAUGAAAAGGAGAUUUGAGGAAGGUAGAGUUAGCGAUAACUUUGCCUACUGCCUUAGCAAACUCAGGGAAAACAAGAAUGGAGCAAGACCAACCGAAAGGAGACGCCUGGAUCAAGGAUCUAUUGCUGACUGGAGAAAAAGGGAUUGUGAUGACGAAAGUGUGGGGCAGGGGUAUUCGGCAAUUAAACGAAGAUGUUUUCAGUGUGUGAUGCCCAUUUUAAAUAAACCAGUACAACUUUGGGGGCCUGGCAGUCAGGGAGCUGGGCAGACGGAUAAGCAGACCGUCACGGAAAUUCGGCGUUAUGCCCAAAAUGCACUAGAAAUCCACUUUAGAUGCCGCAUGCGACCAGAGAUAGGCGCCCACAGUUUGCUCAGAUAA